UCGCGGAGCUCGCAAAACCUCCACACCUUCCUCAAAUAGCCACUAGCUUUAGCUGCUCGCCGAGCUCCCUGAUCACUCUCGCUGUCAGCCUUCCUCGCUGAUUCAUAGGUAGCCAGCUACCAGCCCCAUUAGCGGAUGGAGUUUGACCUGCUGAAUUACAGCCCGGAAGCUCAGCUCGAGCUGAUGAACACGAUGCUCCAGCUGGAGCAGCUCACCAAGCUCGACGGCGGCCAUCAUUCGCUGACGGCGCCCGUCUCGCCGCCGGUAUCCCCGGUGCAAACCCAUGCAGCCCACUGCUUCUCGCCUCCGGCGCACAUGUCGGCGACUGCCACCGCCGGUUACCAGGACCAGUACACACCGCCGGCCGCGUACGCCGGUAGCACCGUCGGCCUCGAGCACCUCCAGGUGGACUACGUGCUGUCCCCGUGCGCCGACGGCGGCGCGCCGCAGCCGGCGGGGUCGCCGUCGCCGACGUCGUCCGCGGACGCGAUGCGGGAGGUAAUCUUCCACAUCGCGGCGCUGCAGCCGGUGGAGAUAGACCCGGAGGCGGUGCGCCCCCCGAAGCGGCGCAACGUGCGCAUCUCCAAGGACCCGCAGAGCGUGGCGGCGCGGCUGCGGCGGGAGCGCAUCAGCGAGCGCAUCCGCACGCUGCAGCGGCUCGUCCCGGGCGGCACCAAGAUGGACACGGCGUCGAUGCUGGACGAGGCCAUCCACUACGUCAAGUUCCUGAAGUCCCAGGUGCAGUCCCUCGAGCGCGCCGCCGCAGCCACCCACCGCGCCGCCUACCACCCCGCCCUCCUCCACGCGCCGUGGCAUCAGUACGCAGUCCCCCACGGCGACAUGUGACCACAAGCUAGCCCCUCGAUCGUCACCGUCGAGCGCGCGCGUCGUCGGUUCGCCGUCGGCGUCUUUCGAUCAGACGGCGGCGGCGACCUCCCGAUCUGCCGCUUCCGCUGUAGUGUUGUGUGUGUGCAUCAUCGGCGCAUGAUCACAUGCGCGUGUAAAGAUGUAGGAGAGCCUUUGAUACAUUCUAUUGUUGUAGCCGCAUACGACGUGGCUGCUCCAAUUUUUUGUUGGAGCCGCAGCCCGUGCAUGCGCGCGCGUACCUGCCCUACCCUACGUAGGCUGUACAUUUCCUUGUACCUUUUUCUCUUCUAUCCAUCCAGCAGUUGCUUCGUUUUCGCA